CGCGCUCUGUGGCGUUCCUCAGUCGAUCUCGAACCGUUUUUGUGGGUGGACGCGUUUUAAGAAAAAUUAAAUUAACACUUGUUAUCGCGCGACAUUGGCAGCACAUGCUUUCAGCAUUUGUUUCGAAACUGUUUCGGGAGCGCUGUUGUGAUUCCUCAGGUGGUUUGUGAUGAGGCUGCUGUGAAAGAAGAUCGUUUUAUCGGUGGUUGUUUUGCUCUUUAGUGAGCGUAGGUUUAGUGCAACUUGGUACCAAAAUCGACAGAGCGACAGAUUGGAAAAAAGAAGGACGUUAUUCAACUCGGGUUGAAUUCACAAGCGAAAACGUUUUUUUUUUUUUUCAUUUACUUCCAAAGCAACCGUAAACUUUUGCGACGGUAAUGUAUAGUCGAACAUAAGUGAUUUCAUCGAGUGGAUUCUAGUCUAGAAGGCGAACUGGUCUCAAGUGCCACCAUUGAUCUGGAAAGGAUUUGUAUCGUUGUAAGCACCGAGUGUUGUAACGCUACUGGUAUUAGUGAUUGGUUAGUUUUGUGUUUGUGAUACUGUGUCACGGGUUUCAGGAAACCGCCAACGACAGGCUGUUGCCCUAGCUGCAAGGUUGAAAACAAAUAGUCCGUAUCUAAAAACAGAGAUUCACAGAACUAAUAAACACCAACUAAAGUAAAACUAGACAGCACGAUGGGAUUGGGCGGCAGAAUGGACUGCUGCGGGCAGUGUGUCAAGUAUAGCAUGUUCGUCUCGAAUUUCGUCAUAUUCUUUGGUGGUGCCAUCGUGUUCGGUCUCGGCAUCUGGACAGUGGUUGACAAAAACUUCAUUAACGAGCUGCUGGGAACGAAUUUGUUCUCUGGUGCCGUUUAUGUACUUAUAGCCACUUCUGCGCUGGUAUGUCUGUUAUCCUUUUUUGGUUGCAUUGGCGCUGCAAAGGAAUACAAAUGCAUGCUGCUAACGUACUUUAUUUUGAUUUUCCUGAUUUUCGUCACAAUGCUGAUCGGUGGCAUCCUAGGCUACGUGUUUCGUGAAAAAGUCUCCCAAACUAUGCAACAAGAGAUGCACUCCUCCAUGACGUUCUACGGUGCGUACGGUAAACGUCCGAUCACGCAAGCCUGGGAUGUGACCCAGGAGCGACUGAAAUGCUGCGGUGUCAAACAUUAUCAUGACUGGCGCGGUUCUAUUCCCCAAUCUUGCUGCCAGAAAACCCUCACCGACUUCAAACCCUGCCAAGACCACCCAACCCCGGAGAACAUCCAUAUUCAAGGUUGUUUGGACAUCACGUCCAACCUAAUCCGAGACAAUGCGGCCAUCAUCGGGGCAUCGGGGAUUAUCGUUGCCAUACUUCUUAUAUUCGGAAUGAUCUUCUCCUGUGCAUUAUUCCGGAUGAUAGAGUAGCGGAGUUUGUGAUUGUGCUUUUCAUUUAUAAGUUAAAAUGAAGAUAGAAGACCUACAUGGCUUCAUUAAGAAACGCACCAGUUAUACUUUUUAAUAUUUUUAGAACUAGUACUGCUUAUUUUAUGUUGAUUGCCUGUCGGUUGUUCUUAUUACCUUAGAGUAAAUAAAGUACAAUGAUAGGCAAGUGAUGAUUUGGAACGAUUCACGAUAUGAUUUUAAGUUUUAGUGCUAGAUGUAGUGAUAAGCGCACAAACCAUUUGUGAAAGAAUAUACCCAAGCCAUGAAAACAUGAGAUGUAAAUACAAAUGCUGGGUGCAUUUAAAAAUACUAUCAGCUUUUCAUAUCACAUUUCAUAUAGUUUUGAUCACCAUGUUUAGUUUAGGUUGUUUUAAGCUGUAAUAUAUGAUAAAACGAAAUCGCAAAACAAUCAAUGAAUCGAAUAGAAGAUAUUCAUUCCAUCUUACUAUAAAAUAUGUUUCUGCUGAUAAAUGUGUCAUUGUAAAACUAUAACGCUAAUAAAUAAAGUUUCUAACAAA